AUCAGAUAUGAAACAAUGAUCUAAUGGACAGGCUUCAGUAUGACACAGCAGUUUGUGAGCUCAUGAUGGUUAAUGUCCCACUCCACGGUAAAUCACGAGUUCUCGUACCGUGACGUGACGUAAAGCCAGUGAGGAUUGUUUCUGGGGCAUCCCCAUCGACCAGACUUUAGCACGGGAAGCAGGAGAGCAGAAGACGUCUCCCAAACAUGGCUUUGAAUCGGAAUCAUUCGCAAAACGGCGGUGUUUUGAUAAACAACGGAGAAAGUGUUUUAAGGGAAUGUAAGAAUGUGGAGCUGUCCUUCAGCGAUGUCAACGGCAAGAUGGACCUGCUUAGGGGGACCAAGAAGGGCACCAUUUACCUCACACCAUACAGGUUGCUGUUUGUGUCCAGUAAUACCAAGGAUUGCAUGGGUUCAGCCAUGUUCCCCUAUUAUCUGAUGAAGGGCUGCAGCAUUGAGCAGCCAGUCUUUGCAGCCAACUACAUUAAAGGGACAGUGUCUGCUGAACCUGGUGGUGGCUGGGAGGGCCAGGCCAGUUUCAAGAUGUCAUUCACCAGUGGAGGAGCCAUAGAGGUGGGACAGCAUCUCUUCAAACUGGCCACUAAUGCUUCUCGCGCUGCUCCUGCACAAAACGGUGCUGCCUCUUACGGCUAUCCUUCACCUGGAAUGAUGAAUGGCUACGGCCCACCUCCACCUGCUCCUCACGGCUAUACUUACACACCCCCUCCCCAGCAAAAUGGAUUCUACCAGGGCCCUCUCCCUGCUGCUGACAACAUGGGCUAUCCCCAGCCAACGGCUGCUGCAGGAAUGUACCCAUCUGGUUUUGACUACAUGGCCCCACCUCCCCCCUACCCUGGGCCACCACAGAAUUGGGCUGCACCCCCCCAGAACUGGACAGCAGCACCACAACCACCUCAAGGUAACUCCAAGGCAGCUGAAGCAGCAGGCAGUGCGUAUUACAAUCCCAGCAAUCCACACAAUGUCUACAUGCCCAUGGAGCGGCCUCCACCAUAUGCACCUUAUCCAAACUCUCCUGAGAAGAAAAGUAACUGAAGCUCAGGCACCGUCACUUCUACGACACUCCUCCCUCGUCCUCUGUAUCUUAAAUAAAUUCUAAAGCAAGGAGUAAUGUUGAUGGAUACCUACUCGGUUGUAGAAUACAGGAAAGAAAAUGCAAGUCAAUAGAGGGUUCAAAGAUGUCAGUGAUAAUUCACCAACGAAUCAAUGAUAUUUUGGAUACUGGACUGGCUUACAAAAUCAAUCUCAUCUUUUAAAUACAAAUUUACCUUUUACUUAAGUUCAUUUAAAAAUGAUUGACAACUUGUAACUCUAGCUAGACUCAUUAACAUUCUCAGUGAUGGGAUUUAUUUCUGUCUAAUUCUCUAGCACGUAGGUCAGGGCACCAAAACUGUCCUGAAGAGCUGAAAGAAGGAGGCAGUAUGGGGAAUGUAUUUUUUAAGACAGAUUUAUUACCAAAACAUUUUGUAGCAAUUUCUUGAUUGCAGUUCCUGUAGUUAUUAACAAUAGCAACUCCUAUUAUAAAAAAGUAUUUUUGCAGUAUCAUUGAAGGUACUGUGUGUGUGUUUCCUAUACAGUUUUGCGUUGAGUAGUUGUCCUUAUACAAAACCGGGACUGGGUUGAAUAGUGUUUAGUGAUACAUUAUAUGAUUGAUUCUCAUACGAUGAUUAGAAAAACAAUUGCGAGUUAAAGUUUCCCUAACAUAUGACCAACGUGAUCCUGCACUAGUUACAUUACAGUCGAAGUAAUUUCCUUCAUUCUCUCCGUCUCCAUCAUUUUAAUAUACGUUCUAGUCUUUUGUUAUGAAAAGGUGCAAUGCAUUGUUUGAAGAAAAGGGGAUCAGAUAGAUUUCUUGCUUAACAAGUCUAUGUAUGUGCAAUAUUUCAACCUCUCAUAACAAGGUUAAAGGUGACGAGCUGGCGUUACCUGAAUGACCCCGUGGCCUACUCCUAGCUUCUAUUGUAUUCAUGUAUGCAAAGCCAAGCUGAAACCAGAACUCUCUUUGUGUAAUUACACUAGUUUGGGGUUACAGGGCCACAGCGGUGUAUUAAGGGCCCGUCAGUGUUUCGCCUGCCGUCGAAACCUCUGAAUUGAAACCAUUUGUAUCCAGAUUACAGUAAGCUGAGACGCCGACAGGCCGUGUAAUCGCAGCCCGCUCAUUAUACAUCAGUUAACACCUGUUUGAAAGUCUAUUUGCACACAGUUGAAGUGGAUAAAGGAUUUAUUUUGUUUUGUUUUGUUUUUAGUUUGCUUGAAUUAAUCAAAUGUCUGUAUAUUAAUAUCUCUCUUGCAGUAAUUAUUCCUUCUGCUGAAUUUUGUCUGUCAAUUUAAAUCUAAUAAAUAAGUCAUUUAUUGAA